GGGCACAAAUUUUGUUCCAACCCAGUGCAGCUUCUCCAAAGGACUUGUUCAAAACCAGGCAAAAGGAGGAGGAAACGGGGGAGAAGAAUAGGGAAGGGAAGUGGGAAUAUGAUGGAGCAUGAGUCUAAUGUUAAUCCUACCCUUAGCAAGAGUACUGGGCUACCUCGGAAACGAUUUUAUCGUGCUCGGGCACAUAGCAAUCCAUUGAGUGAUUCCCAUUUCCCUGUUCCUGUUGCCCCUUCUCAAUUUGAUUAUUCCAGUCAUUAUCCUCAGAUAUCUAAUGAUUCCAAAAAGAUUGAGUUUGCGGACAUAGGUUGUGGUUUUGGAGGGCUUUUAAUUAGCCUUUCAACGCUUUUUCCUGCAACCCUUAUGAUUGGAAUGGAACUCAGGGAUAAGGUGACAGAGUAUGUAAAGGAAAGGAUUUUAGCACUGAGGACUGGUAAUCCUGGGCAGUACCAGAAUAUUUCAGUGGUUCGCACCAAUUCGAUGAAGUACAUUCCCAAUUACUUUGAGAAGGGGCAGCUUAAAAAGAUGUUUUUUCUGUUCCCGGACCCUCACUUUAAAGAAAAAAAUCAUCGCCGUCGUGUUAUUAGUCCUUACUUGCUGGAUGAGUAUGCUUAUGCUCUUGCAGUUGGUGGAAUUAUUUACACCAUUACUGAUGUGGAAGAACUGGGGGAGUGGAUGAAAUCUUGUUUGGAGAGGCACCCAUUGUUCGAACCCCUUAUUGUGCAAGAGCUGGAAGAUGAUCCGGUUGUAAAGCUUUUGAGUACUGCUACUGAGGAAGGACAGAAGGUUGCACGAAAUGGUGGACAAACAUACCAGGCAGUAUAUAGACGCAGAACUGGUCCUAUUGAAUGAUCAAUCAUGCUUGCUUGGUUGCAUCUCGCAGGUCCUUAGACUUUCCCACAUUCUCUUGCUCUGCCAGUAGAGAAUGUAGUUUUGUGCUGAUAGUAUAGAUUUGUGAAAUUUUGGUAUUGAGUGUACCAUUGAUUUAUGUAGAACAAACUCAUUUUUGUAGGCUAAAUUCAUUUUUCCCUUCCAUAGUUUCCUAUUGUGAUUUCUAGCUAAUUUUAGUGCAUAUUCAUAGCACUGUUUGAUUUUGUUUCACGAUAGAUAUGAAAGGGCUAAACAUGGUAGAAUUUUGGUAUCUUUGUUACACGUUCAAUUGGUGUAAAUGUAAUUUGUCAGGUGAACUUCAACCUUGUUAACUACUAGUCGAUCAUCUUUUCU